AUAAGCUCUCUUAGAGACAAUAUUACAGAAGAAAUAUGGAAAUUCACGGUAAACGCAUCUGUUUUACAAGAGUCUAAUUGGACUAAGCAAGCAAUUUACCGUUUACAGGCCUUUGAAAAUAUGAUAUUGAAAGAAAUGAAAGAGAAAGGAUGGGAUGGAAGUGAGGAUAAAGAUCAAAUACAAUGGACGUGGUCAGGAGCCCUAUUUUAUUCAAUUAUUGUAAUAACAACAAUCGGGUAUGGCCAUAUUGCACCAAAAACAACGUAUGGGAAGAUUACUACAAUUUUUUACGCUAUUGUAGGGAUACCACUUAUGUUGUUAUGCUUAUCUAACAUAGGGGAUAUAAUGGCUAGUUCAUUUAGGUUUCUUUAUUGGAGAGUUUGCUGUUAUGUAUGUACAAGAGAGCCCAAAAGAAAUUCUAGAAAUAGCAGAGGAAGAAGUUCGUUUAGAUCGCAGUCAGGAAGACCUUUGAGUUACUCACAGUCACAAAUGCGUAGAUCAGUUCGAAAUUCACAGCGAUCAACUGAUUCUGGUUUUCCUCAAGGCGAGAAUGUUCAAUUGCAACACGCUUAUUCUGACACAGAUUGCAGGUACUCACUUGUUAAUGAGCACAAUUAUGGGGAAAAGCGUUUUAGACGUUCUAAGUUUAGUGACAGAGAUGUGGUGAUAGAAGAUCAAAUCCAUGACCGACGUAAAAAACGAAAUCAGAGAUAUCGUAAUUCCAAUAAUACGGAAAACGAAAGCAAUAUAGAAAUGGAUUACUCAAACACGGAUGAUGAAUAUAAUAACUACAAUAUAAAUUACGAAAGAAACAUUCAGAACUAUUUAACAAGGGGUCAAUUACGGGCACAUUCAUUGGAUAGAAGGGGUGUAUAUCAAGAAACUCCUAUUUAUUGCAAUAAAUAUGCAAUCAAGAAACUAGAGUUGAAUUCUAAAAGAUCAAAGUCAAUGCCAAAACACGUGCAUCCGCAAAAUGAGGAUGAUAUUUUCUUAAAUGAUGCUUUACCUUUAAGAAAUUUAACAAGUGAUGAAGAAUUUGAGGACAUUCGUGGCAAACGUAUCGACAGACGUAGAGAAAAAUCAAGACCAGCUUCUUCCGCGAGAAUAAUGUCUCCAAUGGGGUUCGCUGUUCAUAGACAAACGAGGCACAUGACUCAAACAAGAGAUGGUUCAUCUGAUGACGAAUGGGAAGUCAAUGGAGAUGCUUCUUCUAUUGUCAGACCGGUACCGAUUUGGCUGUGCGUGUUUCUUGUAAUUAGUUAUAUAUUAGGGGGAGCAUAUUUAUUUGCUAGUUGGGAGAAUUGGAGCUUCCUUGAUUCAGCUUACUUUUGUUUCAUUACUUUAACUACAAUAGGCUUUGGAGAUUUUGUACCAGCGCAAGGUGUAAAAGAGGACUCUGAAAUGUCAAUUGCUUUUUGCUCGUUAUACCUACUCUUUGGAAUCGCAUUACUUGCUAUGAGUUUCAAUCUUGUCCAAGAAGAAGUAAUUGCAAAUGUAAAGAGUGUAGCACGAAGAUUAGGAAUUCUUAAAGAAGAAGAAUAUGAUGAUUAAAAAAGACUGUCGAAUUUUCUUCAGAAUUCGUGGUUCUUUUAAAAACACACGCUCAAAGAGUAGUAGUCAAUUCAGUAGUUUUCACAUUCUUACAUCAAGUUUGGAAACUGUGAAUUGAGAAAUACAUAUUAUACUUUAAAAAAUGCUUUUAUUUUAAAUUUAAAAU